AUGCAUUCAAAAACCUCAAUUCAGCAAAAAUGGGAGUCUAUUUAUCAAAAAUAUCAAAACAUUAAAGAUGAGUUCUUUGAUGAUGUAGAUACUUAUAUGAAAAAUGAUCCAAGUAUUACUCCAUCUAUUACUAGUGAUUCAAUUCAUGAAAUUAAACAUUCUAAACCUGAUAAUACAAGUGACAAUGAUAAUGAU